UCGUCUGUUAUCCCAUUCUACGCACAGGAGUCGCCGGACGGCUUCGUAUUGUUGCCCGUUCUCUAUUGUAAUAUUUUCCACUUUCAUUUUUACCAGUCGCCGGACUCCCGACUGUCAUUCACUUCUCUUCCUCCUUUUUUAGAAAACAAAUCAAACAGACAUGUCGUCAGAAGAUAUGGGAGAUAUGAAGCCCGUUUGUGGCGGUGGUAAGGAAGUCGGAGAGUACGACGUGGCUCUGCACACAGUCGGUCUUUUUCUUGUGUUGCUUGCGUCAGUCUGCGGAGCUGGGUUUCCCGUAGCCGCGAAGAAAAUCAGCUGGCUCAAGGUCCCGGAGAAGGUGUUCUUUGCUUGCAAACAUUUCGGAACGGGUGUCCUAAUAGCAACUGCUUUCGUUCAUCUUCUUCCCACAGCCUGGUUCAGUCUUUCGGACCCAUGUCUUCCGGACAUCUUCACCACAGACUACCCCCCGCUCCCCGGUGUCAUCAUGAUGGCCUCACUCUUUUGUCUAUUCGUCGUUGAGAUGUGGAUGAACAACAAAAUGGGCGGUCACUCUCACGGUGGUGCCACCGGCAUCGAGACCAACGCAUCAGCGCCAGUUGCCCCUCAACGCCCCCAGCGAUUCCCAGGUCGGAAUAGCUUCGAGGCUGAUGACGUUUCUUACGAAAAGAGGAUGGCUCAGCAGCAGUACGAGUAUCCCGACCCCGCGGCUAAUGAGCUCGACCUUCCUCAAUCCGAAAUGCCCCCAUGGUUCGUCGUCUUCUACGAGCAAUACGUUCGCCAGCGUCUCGAGCUCAUCAACAUGAUCAAAGCGACCAGCACCACCAGCAGCCCUAGCAGUAUGCAAGUCGAGGCUCCUAAACAAGAUGUCGUGAUUUCCGAGACGAGCAUGUUUGACGAGGAGGGCCAGCCUAUCGACCCCUUGGUCUACAAGAGAAUGUCAAUGAACAUUACCCUGCUAGAAGGUGGUAUCCUGUUCCACUCCGUCUUCGUCGGAAUGACCGUCUCCAUUACCAUCGAAGGUUUCGUCGUCCUUCUCAUUGCCAUCCUGUUCCACCAGAUGUUCGAGGGUCUCGGUCUAGGCUCUCGUAUCGCAGCCGUGCCGUACCCCAAGGGCAGCAUCCGACCUUGGCUGCUGGUUUUCGCUUUCGGAACUACCGCACCCCUCGGACAGGCCAUCGGCCUGAUUGCACGCAACAGCUACGACCCCAACAGCGCCUUCGGUCUGAUUAUCGUCGGUGUCUUCAACUCGAUCUCUUCUGGUCUUCUUAUCUACGCGGCUUUGGUUGAUCUUCUCGCCGAGGACUUCCUUUCCGAUGAAUCUCAACGUGUUCUGACCAUGAGGCAAAAGAAGAUCGCUUUCGUCUACGUUCUUCUCGGAGCUGCUGGCAUGUCCAUCGUCGGCGCUUUCGCUUAAAGCAGUCCCAA